GAACGAGGUAAAAGGAUAAGGACGGUCAGCGGUAUAGGAUCCAAGAUGGCGACCGCAAGAGUGUUUCCUCCCUUUCUGAAAAAUUUCUUCAGACCCCGACGCAAUACUGUACUUGUGCUAGCCCGCUGCUGCUCUCAAGGUGCGCAAGAGAUUCUACCAAGAAAUGCAAAGGCAAUCCGAAAACUGAAGUCUGAAGUCGCUCGACAAAACCGACAAAACCCAGCACUGGAAAAAGCUGCUAGAUAUGCUAAAUUGUCCAUAGACUUAGAGGGAGUUCACAAAGAAUGGACUGUGAAUCAAAAUGGAAGCCACAUCAGAUCACUGGCAAAGCACUCUGGGAUAUUCGACCAUGUGUUUGAUGGAGAGGAGUUCUCACCUUGUGUCAACCUUGAUAUUAGAUAUGAGAGUGGGGCAAAAGUGCAUCAUGGGAACUUUCUGACGCCUUCACAGGCUUUACUGGAACCAGAUGUUCAAUACACAAGUGAUGAGGAUACCAUGUGGUCGCUUCUUCUAACCACCCCAGAUGGAAACAUUUGGGAGAAGGACACGGAGCUGCUGCACUGGCUUGUUGUGAAUAUUCAAGGGAGUAGAGUGUCGAAUGGAACAGUACUUUGUGAGUACCUGCCCCCUAUACCUCCUCAAGGGACUGGCUUCCACAGAUACACCUUCUGUCUGCUACGUCAAGAGCAGCAGCUUAAACCUUAUACUCUUCCUACCUUUAGAUCCUUAACUGACCGGUCAAUUAGUACGUCAGCACUUAUUUCCAAGGUCCAGGAUAGACUCACUCCAGUUGGACUUGGGUUUUUCCAGGCUUCUUGGGAUGACUCUGUAACUCAAACGUUCAGAGAUAUCAUUGGCAUGCCAGAGCCCAUCUAUCAAAGAAAACCUUUCAUAACACCAGCUAUAGCACGGAGAGGGAUGGCUCGUGAGAGAUUUUCAGCCAAAUACACAAACAUGUAAAGAUAAAUGUAAAUAAUUCCAGCCAUCAACGGAUUUAGCAAUAUUAAAAUAAUAUUUUGUGAAGUCAUUAUCAUUGUAGAGAAAGAGAAUAUCCCUGUAAUAUGGUUUUGCUUUCAUGCUAUCUGAUGUUUUUGUAUAAUUCUUAUUGACUGUUAUCUCGCUUUCUGACUUGUAAUUCACACAUUCAAAGAGACACAGGUUGGUGAGGGACAUUUGAAAAGUCGACUAAGAAGUCCCAAAAUAAAUUUUUCAAUGCUAUGAA